CCUCAAAUUAAGACCCCAUUGUUCCUCAUUAGAAAUUAAACAACACACCAGUCUUUAUCUUUAUAUAAAUAGACAUUACUCGUACGACGUAGCCAUAAUUGAAGCUUUAAUGCUGACCGACAUACGCACACAUAUUUACUCAGUGGUCGAAUUUGAAACGAGUCAUGUCAAGUGACUGUCCAGUGUCACCAUAUACAAAUGCAUCAGCUAGCCUUAGCGGACCAGUAAAGUAAAGGAGUUUAUUAUGCUCUUCUUCUUCUUUCUGACUCCAACAGAUAGUAUAUCAUUUUGUACAAAUUACAUUCAAUUCUUGAGUAUUUUUUUACAAAAAGAUGAACCGAGAAAUGAGUGGGGAGGAUGAGAAGCCGCAGCAGCAAGAACAAAUGAGUCGUGUGAAUGGGGUUCAACAUCAUCAUGAGGAUAAAAUAGAUUAUGUGUUUAAGGUGGUGGUGAUUGGGGACUCUGCAGUUGGGAAAACACAAGUGCUUUCCAGGUUUGCUAAGAAUGAGUUCUGUUUUGACUCAAAAUCAACCAUUGGUGUUGAGUUUCAAACUAGGACUGUUUCUAUUCAGUCUAAAGUGAUCAAGGCCCAGAUCUGGGACACUGCUGGCCAAGAAAGGUAUAGAGCAGUAACUAGUGCAUACUACAGAGGAGCACUUGGAGCCAUGUUAGUAUACGACAUAACAAAAAGACAGACAUUCGAUCAUGUAGCUAGAUGGGUUGAGGAACUCAGGGCUCACGCCGAUAAUUCCAUUGUGAUCAUGUUGAUUGGUAACAAAGCCGAUCUAGUUGACUCGAGGGCUGUUCCAACUGAAGACGCUGUCGAAUUUGCAGAGAGGCAAGGGCUAUUUUUCUCUGAGACAUCAGCUUUUAGCGGCCACAAUGUGGAGUCAGCAUUUUUGAAGCUAUUGGAAGAAAUAUUCAACAUGGUAUCAAGGAAGACUUUGUUGGUGGGUUCUGAUGCAAAUGGAAAUCACAUCAAACAGACCAAUAAUGGGUUGCUUAAAGGAUUGAAAAUUGACGUUAUUUCUGGUCCUGAUUUUGAAGUUAGUGAGAUGAAGAAAUUAUCUUCUUGCUCUUGCUAAUGUUACUAGCUUUUUGGUGGGGUGUUAAAGUAUAUUUAAACAAAUGGAAACUGCGGAAGAGAUAAAUAUGACGAGUGUGUCAAAAUGGGCUUGUAUGUCAGAAGCUUUUCAAGAAGAUUAUUGCUCCCUCGUGGCUUUAUAAUAUAGCUAUUGAUUAGAUUAUUUGAGGAUGUGGAGUGGUUUGAGAUCAAUAUUUUUGUAUGCAAUUGAUUUUGUAAUGAACUUAAUUUGCGUAUUAAUAUGUA